CUGUCUCUGCGUGGAGGGUGGGUUGCUGCAGAAGAGUUGCUGACACCCUUUUUCUUUUCUUGGUGGGUGUCGGGGGCGGGAGGUGUCUGGGAUCAAGAACCCGUCAAUGGCUUCCUCUUCCGCACUCCUCAGGCUCGUCUUUCUCCUCUUCCUUUCCCUCUCAGAUUCUGCAAUUCAAAUUCUGGGCCUCCAAUUCGGGAUUAAUUAUGGCCAAAUAGCGAACAACCUGCCCUCGCCUUCUCGCGUCGCCACCCUCCUCGGAUCCCUCAACGUCAGCAGAGUAAAGUUGUAUGAUGCAGAUCCUAAUGUCCUCCUCGCAUUUUCCAAUUCCAAUGUUGAAUUCAUCAUAGGUCUAGGCAAUGAGUAUCUCCAGAAUAUGACUGAUCCCGUCAAGGCCCAAGAUUGGAUCCAACAGAACGUCCAACCUUACAUUGGCCAAACCCAGAUCACCUGCAUACUGGUCGGUAACGAAGUGUUCAAUGACAACAAUACCCAGUGGAUGACUUAUCUCCUCCCGGCGAUGCAAACUGUAUAUUUAUCCCUUUCCAACCUUGGACUGAGUAAGCAAGUCGCGGUCACAACCGCGCAUUCGCUCAAUAUUUUAGCUACUUCAUACCCCCCCUCUGCAGGUGCUUUCAGGCCAGAUCUUGCCGUGUACCUCCAACCCCUGUUGAAUUUCCAGUCGCAGAUAAAUACUCCAUUUCUCAUAAACGCGUAUCCUUACUUUGCGUAUAAGUAUAAUCCGAGCGAGGUGCAGCUGAAUUAUGUGCUUUUCCAGCCUAACGAAGGGCUGACCGAUCCCCUCACCAACUUACACUAUGAUAACAUGUUGUACGCUCAAAUUGAUGCGGUUUAUUCAGCUAUUAAAGCAAUGGGACACACUGAUAUCGACGUCAGGAUUUCUGAGACAGGUUGGCCGUCCAAGGGUGAUGCUGAUGAGCCGGGGGCUACUCUGGAGAAUGCACAGAUGUACAAUGGGAAUCUGUUGCAGAGGAUAGAGCAGAAACAAGGUACCCCAGCUAAGCCGUCGGUGCCUAUAGACAUAUACGUGUUCGCGCUAUUUAACGAGAACAUGAAGCCUGGUCCGACAUCGGAGAGGAAUUAUGGACUCUACUAUCCAGAUGGUACUCCGGUGUAUAACGUUGGCUUGCAAGUUUAUCUUCCAGAACUAUACUCAGCGGCUGGGACAAGAGUAUUGCCUUUCUUUGUUGUUUUAGUAUCCAUCGUGACAUUCUUAAUGUGCAUUUGAGAGCAUGCUACUCUGUUUACCAAGGAAAGAUUUUGACAAAACAUCUGGAGAUUCUCUCCACGUCAAACCAACCUUUUAGGUGAGCAUUUCUGAGCAUUUCAUCAUUUAUAUUUGUGCUGAUCAUCUUCUCUGCCCAGUAUUGCCGAGUAUCCAACUUGUUACUCUUCGUGGUUUUUUUUCCUCUCUCUCUCUAUUGAAUGAUCAAAUGUUUGUCUAGUAAAAUGGGAGUUCACUCCUGGCUUAGCAUCUUGACGAGUUCGAGGAACAUGCACUAAGAAGGAAGAAAAAAGGCACUUCCCAUUCAUUUUCUUUGAAUUAAAUCUGCUUCAAGGUGCACAUAGCUGGUAUUCUUUAUCUUCACUUGAUUCUGAAGACAGGCUAAUUCGUGGACCCGGCAUUCAUAUUUACAGUGACAGAGGACUUUAGAACUGGAUUCAUAUUAUACAGUAGAUUGGCUCAGCAUGACUGCUAAUUCUAUUAAACAUAAGAUUAGCGUGCUAUGGUUGUUUUAGCAUGUCAAAAUAGGCGGGCCUUUUUCUUUUACUGUUCCCGCUUUGUAUUUCUGCCAUAGGAACGCAAUCUCCUUAUAUUCAUUAUUUAUGAAA